CAGUGACAUCAUCUGUCUGUGCAGACCUAGCCGAGGCUGCCUCCGGGGCUGCCAUGUUCUACCUGCUGUCGCUCCCCUCCCUCGAGUGGGGCUCCAGCCUCCUGGACUCCCUCCUGCAAGGCCUUGUCGGGGCCCUCGGAGUCUUGGUCCUGAACAGCCUCCUGAAAGUCUACUUCUUCGUGGGCUGUGCCAAUGACCCGCAGCGGCGGCCCCAGAAGGAGCGGCUGCAGGCCCAGUGGGCCUCGCUGGAGAUGGUGCACGUGGCGGGGCUGACCCUGUUCCUGACCAUCGUGGGGGCCCGGGUGGCUGCCCUUGUGGUACUUGAGUUCUCCCUCCGGGCUGUGUCCACACUGCUGUCCCUGGGCAAGGGCUCCCGGGACACGGAGCGGCUGCAGCUCUACCUGCUGUGCCAGUACUCGCUGGGCUGCGGGCUGGCCUGCGGCCUGAGCUUCCUGCAGGAGGGUGCCCCUCACCGCACGCUGAACCUGCUGCUGAGCCUCGGGCUGGCCGCGCUGCUCGGCUCGUGGGCCCAGCGCCUCCAGUGCCACGUCUGCCGCCUCUACGAGCUGCACAGCAGCCAGCACUACUGUGGGGUCUGCCUGGGCCUGCUGGCCAACGCUUACGACCUCCCCCGGCUUCUGGGCCGCGCCCUGGCCGUGGCCUUUGCUGUGGGCGACAUGGCGGCUGUGGCCCUCAUCAACCAGGACUUCCUGACCACCUCGGAGGCCGUGCGCUUCUGGACGCCGCUCACCAUCUGCUACACGCUGCUGGUCAUCUACAUGCAGGAGGAGCAGCGGCAGCACCCGGGCAUGCAGGGCCAGGUGCAGACGGUGCUGGUGCGCAUGGGCGGCCUGUUCGUGCUGCUGCUGACUGUGGGCCGCUGGCUGGACCUCCUGGGCAUCCUCGUCUCCCUCCUGGGCGAGCUCUGGUGUCUGGUGGGCGCCCGAGCCCUGCUCGACCUUUGCCACAUACAGGACCUUCCAUCGCAGAGGCCUGCAGUGUCCACGCCAAGCCAGCCCCUGCGCUCCACACCCGCCCGGCCCCGGAGGUCGGCCCCCUCCUGACCUGCCCGAGGGAGGACUCAGAGUCUGUCUCAGGCCCACACGGGCUGACCUGCCGGGCUUUGACCCCAGGACGCUGCCUGGAGGUGGAGUGGCAGGGCUGGUCCCUCGGUGGGCACUGGGGACCCCUGCGGGGAGGGCAGAGUUUUUGGAUGGGGCCCUUGGAGAGAGGGGCAACUCGGGGCCCCUGGCUUAAUCCCUCUUUUUCUCAGGGUGGGCAACGGACACAGCCCCUCAGAGCUGCCUUCCUGGGCGGGGUUGGGGGCUGGGGGAGUUGCACCCUCUGUACCGGCCUCCCCCGCCCUCCCCAUAAACAAUAA